CCGUGCGCUGAUGUCAUCCCUCUGAUUGCAUGUGUCAUUGCGACACAGCAGGUCACCUCCUGGCUAUAACCCCCCCGCGAGGGCAGCAGGCCAGUCUGCGCGUUCCUCCCUCUUCCCCAGCGAGUCACAAGCUACAACAGUGUGCUCAGAGACCGGCCAGACUCCCCUCUGCACUUCCUUCUCAGCGCCGGAGGAUCUGGUGAAAAAUGGAUGCCAUCAAUCAUAAACUGAACCAUUAUUUUGAAACAUGGAUGGGUCCCAGAGAUAAGCGUGUGGAGGGCAUGCUCCUGCUCGACACUUACCCACCAACGCUGGCACUGACGGCCAUGUACCUCCUGAUCGUGUGGCUGGGACCCAAGUACAUGCAACACAGGCAGCCUUAUUCCUGCAGAGGCCUCAUGGUGAUCUACAAUCUGGGCAUUACCAUCUUGUCCUUCUACAUGUGUUACGAGAUGAUCAGUAAUGUGUGGCCCAGUGGAUACAACUUCUUCUGCCAGGACACGCACAGCUCACCAGAGUUGGAUAAGAAGAUUAUUGGCGUCCUGUGGUGGUACUACUUUUCCAAGCUUCUGGAGUUCAUGGACACCUUUUUCUUCAUCCUACGAAAAAAUAAUCACCAGAUCACCUUCCUCCACGUCUACCACCACGCUAGCAUGCUGAAUAUCUGGUGGUUUGUUAUGAACUGGAUUCCCUGUGGCCACUCAUACUUCGGUGCCUCCUUAAACAGUUUUGUCCACGUUGUGAUGUAUUCCUACUACGGCCUCUCUGCCAUCCCGGCCCUCCGGCCUUACCUCUGGUGGAAGAAGUACAUCACGCAGCUGCAGCUGAUCCAGUUCUGUUUAACCAUGUGUCAGACGGCUCUGGCAGCUAUUUGGCCGUGUGGCUUCCCCAUAAGAUGGCUGUACUUCCAAAUCAGUUACAUGUUCUCCUUCACUGUUCUUUUCUCAAACUUCUACAUUCAGACUUACAAAAAGCAAAGCAGUUCUCGAAGGAAGGAACGUCAGCUCGGAUCGUCGGCGUCGACAAACGGGCACGCAAAUGGGACGCCGUCGAUGGAGCACACAGCGGCCAGGAAGCUGAGGGUGGAUUGAUAUUUGAGGACCGUUUUCUCUUCAAACACUCUAAAAAAGAAAUGUUGAAUUUAGUUUACCAAUUUGUGUCAACUACUUCCAAUAGUGAAUGUAAAGAGAAAUAUACGUUUACUUCUAACAUAACCAGGUAGAACAAUAUAUAUUAUGCUUUACAUUUAAGCUACUGGGUUUCGUGGAACCAGCUGACAAAACUUGGUUAAAUUAAUUCAGCAUUCCCUUUUUUACAGUGUAGAGCAUCACCUGAUGCCUAGAGUAUCUUUUUACAUUAGGAACAAACUAUAGGAUUUAAUUCAGAUGAAACAAGCCAUACCAACAACAUACCCAGAGACGUUUCAUGUUUUUCUUUCAUUACGCAUGAAACCAGAUUAUUAUAAAUACAAAAUAGGAGCCCUGUAGUGAUAACGCCUUUUAAUAAUUCCUUUGUUGCUAUGAGCAACAUAUAUUUAAUGAUGCUUUGCACAACAAAGGUCUAAAGACGGAGUUUGCAGAUACAUGUUCUUUUACACACGAUUGCAAAUAGGACAAUUCAAAGCAUGCACGGUGCUUAUGACUCUCUAGGGAACAAACUGGUCUUAUUUUAUAUCUCACAACUGCCUGAUGCGUUUGCAUAUUCCAACAUCUUACUCUCAGCGAUGGUGUAGAUAAUUUCCUCGAGCCAAGGUGGAGCAGCAGCAGUUUACUUUUCCAGAUGUACAUGCAGAGCAAGGUUCAGCUUGAAUGUGUAUGUAGUAUUUAUUUUCAGUAGCCGCAGCGUGAGAGAUCAGAUCUGCUUAUAAAAGAAACUGUUUGCCAUCGGUAUUUAUUUUUUCCAAACUCCUCAGUAAUUGUAUUGAGUAGAUGCUGUUUUUCUGCAGCUCUUUGGAUGCAAUACCGUGCAUCUUUACAAGAUCUGCAAUAUAGCUGCUUAUUGGUAAAUAUAUUAAUGUGAUAAAAAUAAUAACAUAGUACAAACAGUUUACUGCUAAAUAUCCAAAUGCAUUACAUUCUGGUAACAUUUUGUAGGAAGAGAUUAUUUUUUAUUUAUGGUGUUUUGAAAAAGUUUACUUCUAUAUGACGAUAACUUAAUAACUAAAAAAUUUUUAAAACGAAAGUUCCUGAAAGGUGUUGGACAGGUGUUUAAACAAUACAUUUGCAGCGGUCUCUAGUAGUAAUGAAUUCCCUGCAAGUCGUACUGGGGGGGGGGGGGG